AUGCAAGGUCAAUUCGCUUCCAACGAUACCCACAAAUACUCUGUCAUCCUUCCGACCUACAACGAGCGGAAGAAUCUACCCAUAAUCAUUUGGCUUCUUGCCAAAAUGUUUGAAGAAAACAAGCUGGAAUGGGAGGUCAUCGUCGUUGAUGAUGCAAGUCCCGACGGAACACAAGAGGUAGCAAAACAGCUGGCUUCUGUUUAUGGGGAAUAUAAAAUUGUCUUGAAGCCGCGGUCCGGGAAGCUGGGGCUGGGGACAGCAUAUAUCCAUGGCCUGAAUUUUUGUUCUGGUGACUUUGUUAUCAUUAUGGACGCGGAUUUCUCGCAUCAUCCCAAAUUCAUACCGCAAUUUAUCCGCCUUCAAAAGGCCCACAAUCUUGAUAUUGUGACCGGCACACGGUACCGAUCCACGUCCAAACCUUACCUUACUGAUGCGACGCCAGGAGGCGUUCAUGGCUGGGAUUUGAAGCGGAAGUUAAUAUCUCGAGGUGCUAACUUCUUGGCUAUGACCGUCCUGAAUCCUGGCGUCAGCGAUUUGACGGGAAGUUUCCGGCUAUAUCGAGUCUCUGUUCUUCGACACAUCAUAACGGUAACUCAAUCGAAAGGUUAUGUUUUUCAAAUGGAAAUGAUGGUUCGAGCGAAGGCUUUGGGCUAUACUGUUGGGGAGGUUCCCAUCACCUUUGUGGACAGAUUGUUCGGUGAGAGUAAAUUGGGUGCAGACGAAGUGGUUUCAUAUGCAAAGGGUGUAUGGCAACUUUUUACUGGCGUGUAA